AUGUAUCGUCAAGACUCUCUGAUCGCUGUCGCGGCACUCGUGUGCGUGGCCGCGGCUGGUCUCUACCCCGGGAUCACAAACGAAAACCACACUUGCGCUCUUUCGGACCCUAUCCUUUCUUGCAGUGACAAGGCCGAUCCCAACAAGGUCGAUACUUGCUGCACUGAGACAUUUGGUGGUCUGGUACUCCUGACCCAGUACUGGAACACUCACACCGGCCUCGAGGAUCAAAACCAGCUUCUUCCCCAGCGUUCAUGGACUAUCCAUGGCUUGUGGCCUGAUUUCUGCAAUGGCUCCUAUACUCAGUACUGCGACCUAUCCCGGCAGUAUGACCCUCUUCCCUACCCCAACACCACUACAGGGACACCGGAUGGCACGCCUGUUGUGCCCUAUGAUGGCGAGCCCAUCUCCAAGUGGUUCGAGCCCAACGGAAAAGCCGAUCUGAUGGAGUACAUGGAGAAGUACUGGCCCGGACUCGAUCAAGCCAGCUGGAUUCUCUGGGCCCACGAAUAUAGCAAGCAUGCCACUUGCUUCUCUACCUUCCAGACCGAGUGCUACGGUCCUAACAUGCAUGUGUUGGAUGAUCUGUGGGAUUACUUCGAGACCACCAUUGCCUACUUCCGCACACUCCCCAGUUGGGGCUGGCUCGCUACACAUGGCAUCAUCCCUUCCAACAGCACACCGUACACCCUUGGUAAUAUUCAAGAGGCUCUGACCCAAGGGUUUGGUGAGCUGCCUUUUGUCGGUUGCGCCGGUCCUCGCUACAACGAGACCGAGGCUGGCAAGGGCUCGAUGGAUAGUGGCCGCACUGAGCUUAACGAGAUCUGGUACUACUACCAUGUCUUCGGUGCCCCGCAGCGUGCUCAGGGGUUGCGCGUACCUGUGAUCGACAGCUUCGUCACGACCUGUGCCAAGGCUGAGAACGCCAUCAAAUACUACGAGCGCGCAAAGGGUAGCGAGCAGUAG